AUGCUGCUCAAUUACCCUUGCAAUAAGGUGUCUCAUUUCUCUCGGCUCGGAGACGUGGAGGUGAACGCCGGGCAGAACGCCUCCUUCCAGUGUGUGGCCACAGGCAAAGUGACCGAGUCGGAGCCCUUUCUCCUGGAGAGGAGGAAUGGCUUGCUCCUGGGCCCACCUCUGCUCUCUCGGCUGAGUCACAAGCGACUGAUGGCAACAUUCCAGGUGGAGGCGGAGCGCGGCGAGCAGGACAUGUACCGCUGCGUCACGCUGUCGCCCAGAGGAGCGGCGGUGUCCAAUUUUGGAGAGCUCAUAGUCAGAGUGCCGCCGACGCCCAUCGCCCCUCCGCAGCUGCUCCGCGCCGGUCCCACCUACCUCAUCAUCCAGCUCAACACAAACUCCAUCGUGGGCGACGGUCCGGUGAUCCGUAGGGAGAUCCAGUACCGGGCCAGUCAGUCUACCUGGCUGGAGACGCACGGCGUGGGCUCCCUCACCUACAAAGUGUGGCACCUGGAGCCCGACACAGAGUACCACAUCAGCGUACUGCUCACCCGGCCCGGAGAGGGGGGCACCGGGGCACCAGGACCCCCGCUGGUCAGCCGGACCAAGUGUGCAGAGCCCAUGCGAGCCCUGCGAGGACUCACCUCCACAGAGAUCCAGCCUCGACAGUUGUUCCUCCAGUGGGAACCUCUGGGCUACAACCUGACGCGCUGCCACACCUACACGCUGUCCCUGUGCUACCGCUACUCCAUGCCCACAGGGGGCAGCGGCGGGAACAAUGCCACGGUGCGAGAGUGCCUUUCUGUGGAGAGGAACACGUCUCACUUCACCCUGAGGGACCUGCCUCCCUUCCGCUCCGUGCACGUUCGUCUGGCCCUGUCCAACCCGGAGGGCAAGAAGGAGAGCCGAGAGGUCACCUUCCAGACGGAGGAGGACAUUCCCGGCGGCAUCGCUCCAGAGUCGCUGACCUUCACCCCGCUGGACGACAUGAUCUUCCUCAAGUGGGAGGAGCCAGUAGAGCCCAACGGACUCAUCACGCAGUACGAGAUCAGCUACCAGAGCAUCGAGUCCUCAGAUCCUGGUAUCAACGUUCCCGGACCACGACGCACUGUGUCCAAGCUGCGAAACGAGACGUACCACAUGUUCUCGGGCCUGCACCCAGGGACCACCUACCUGGUGUCUGUGAGGGCCAGGACCACCAAGGGCUUCGGCCAGACCGCGCUCACCGAGAUCACCACCAACAUCUCCGCCCCUGUUUUUGACUACGAAGACGUCCCCUCUCCUCUGAGCGAAUCUGAGAACACCAUCACGGUCCUGCUGAGGCCGGCCCUGGGACGCGGAGCUCCAGUCAGUGCGUACCAGGUGGUGGUGGUGGAGGAGGACGGUUCUCGGCAGGUGAAGAGGAGAGAGUUGGGGAGCUCCGACUGCUUCCCGAGCUCCAACUCCCACACCGAGGCCCUGGCCAAACGCUCGCCACACUACUACACGGCUGAACUGGCCCCCAGCAGUCUGCCCGAGGCCACGCCCUUCACGGUGGGAGACAACCACACCUACAACGGCUACUGGAACAGCCCCCUGGACCCUACCAAGAACUACCUCAUCUACUUCCAGGCCACAAGCAACUUCAGAGGGGAAACCAGGAUCAACUGCAUUCGGAUUGCCCGCAAAGCUGCCUGCAAGGACUCCAAGAGGGCCCUGGAGGUAUCCCAGCAUGCCGAGGACAUGGGCCUGAUUCUGGGUGCGUGCGCUGGGGGGCUGGUGGUCCUGAUCCUGCUGCUCGGAGCCAUCGUCGUCAUCGUUAAGAAGGGAAGGGACUUCUAUCCUUACCCUUACUACCCCAGGAAGAAGGUGGCCAUCAACAAGGCGGCCAUGUCGUACAGGCAGGAGAAGAACCGCAAGCUGAGCUCCCUGGACUGCAGCAUGACCGAACAGAGCACUCUCCAGCAGGACGCCAGCCUCGCCCACUCCUUCCUGGACGCUCAUGGAUGCAACGCUCGAAACGACCAGCGCAGCUCGGUGAAUGAGUCGAGCAGUCUCCUGGGGGGCUCUCCACACCGACACUGUCGCAGGAAGAGCUCUCCUUACCACACGGGUCAGCUUCACCCGGCCGUGAGGGUGGCCGACCUGCUCCAGCACAUCAACCAGAUGAAGACGGCCGAGGGCUACGGCUUCAAGCAGGAGUACGAGAGUUUCUUUGACGGAUGGGAUGUCAAGAAGAAAGACAAGACCAAAGGGCGACAUGACACCUUGCUUAGCCAUGAUCGGCACAGGGUGAAGAUGCACUCCUUGCUAGCUGACCCUAGUUCAGAUUACGUCAACGCCAACUACAUUGAUAUUCGGAUAAACAGGGAAGGCUACCAGCGCUCCAACCACUUCAUCGCCACCCAAGGCCCCAAGCAGGACAUGAUCUACGAUUUCUGGAGAAUGGUUUGGCAAGAGAACUGCUUCAGUAUUGUCAUGCUCACCAAGCUCGUGGAAGUGGGCAGGAUGAAGUGUUGCAAGUACUGGCCGGAAGACACGGAAAUGUACGGCGACAUAAAAAUCACCUUAUUGAAGACGGAGACGCUGGCGGAGUACACGGUCCGCACGUUCGCCAUGGAGAGGAGAGGGUACCCGGCCAAGCAUGAGGUGUGCCAGUUCCACUUCACCUCGUGGCCCGAGCAUGGCGUCCCCUUUCACGCCACAGGGCUGCUGGCCUUCCUCCGGCGCGUCAAGACGUCCACCCCUCCGGAUGCAGGUCCUGUGGUGGUUCACUGCAGGUAA